UCCCGCUCUCCGCCCCUCCCUCCACCUGUUCCCGGCGCGUUGAAUGCUGGAAGCCAAGAUGGCGGCGGAGCUGGUGGAGGCGAAAAACAUGGUGAUGAGUUUCCGAGUCUCGGACCUCCAGAUGUUGCUAGGGUUCGUCGGCCGGAGCAAGAGCGGCUUGAAACACGAACUGGUGACCCGGGCCUUGCAACUGGUCCAGUUUGACUGCAGCCCGGAACUGUUCAAGAAGAUCAAGGAGAUUUACGAGACGCGCUACGCCAAGCUCUCUGCGACCCCAGGACCCCACAGCCCCAGGAAGCCCCUCUCCAUCCACUCCUCCUACGAACGCAGCGGCAACGCGGUGGCCAGGACUGCUCUCUCCACCGCCAACAUUGACUAUCCCUCCCUCUAUGGGAAGUACUUAAACGGACUGGGGCGGUUACCCGUCAAACCGGCGAAGCCCGAAGUUCAGCUGGUGAAGCUUCCCUUCUACACCAUUUUGGACGAACUCCUGAAGCCCACCGAGCUCGUCCCGCAGAACAACGAGAAGCUACAGGAGAGCCCGUGUGUCUUUGCCCUGACGCCGAGGCAAGUGGAGCUCAUCAGAAAUUCCAGGGAGCUGCAACCAGGUGUGAGAUCGGUCCAGGUAGUCCUCAGAAUCUGCUACACAGAUACCAGAUGCCCUCAGGAAGACCAGUAUCCCCCAAACAUCGCUGUGAAAGUGAACCAUAGUUACUGUUCUGUCCCGGGCUACUAUCCCUCCAACAAACCAGGUGUGGAGCCCAAGCGGCCUUGUCGUCCCAUCAACCUCACUCACCUCAUGUACCUGUCUUCCGCAACCAACCGCAUCACCGUCAUCUGGGGCAAUUACGGAAAGAGUUACUCCGUGGGCCUCUUCCUCGUGAGACAGAUGACGUCGGCAGAGCUGCUCCAGAGGUUGAAAAUAAUCGGCAUUAAGCACCCGGAGCUGUGCAAGGCACUUGUUAAAGAGAAGCUGCGCCUGGAUCCAGAAAGCGAAAUCGCCACCACUGGUGUCAGAGUGUCUCUCAUAUGCCCGCUUGUGAAGAUGCGUCUGUCGGUGCCGUGUCGGGCCGAGACCUGCGCUCACCUGCAGUGUUUCGACGCCGUUUUCUACCUGCAGAUGAAUGAGAAGAAGCCCACAUGGAUGUGCCCAGUUUGCGACAAACCAGCCACUUACGACCAACUGAUGAUUGAUGGGCUCUUGUCGAAGAUCUUGACGGAAUGCGAAGACGCCGACGAGAUCGAAUACUUGGUGGACGGCUCCUGGUGCCCUAUCAAAGCGGAGAAGGAGAGGAGCUACAGCCCCCAGUGUCCAAUUUUAGUUGUGGGUGGGUCCACAGGAGGCACUUCGGAUGCCAACGGUGUGCCGCCUCCCGCCCCCAGCGUGGAGAACGGCAAGGCCCCCGCCGAUGUGGUGGAUUUGACGCUGGACAGCUCGUCCUCCGAGGAAGAGGACGACGACGACGAAGAGGAGGACGACGACGGCGGACCCAAAAGGAAACUGCCCCGCCUAUACAAGAACGGCUUGGCAUCCGCCUGCUGACUGCAGGGGGCGCUCCGGGUCCUCCGCGUGGGAAAAGCUUGAAUACCUUGGUGCUUAUUCAGACGUGGGAAGAGAGGGGCUUUCUCUCCCUUCCCCCUCCAUCUCGCCCUCUUCCAAAGCUGCCCCCCCUGUGACUUGCCCAGU